GAGCUAGCGCAUUGCGUAGUUACAAAUUGUCACUUUGAUGAUCAAGACGUGCUUGUGGGUUGCUUCCGAGAUUCCGAGCUUUGCACUCAAAAAUCAGAAUAAUUGAGGUUCUUUUUGUUGGUUGUAUUUUUACUGCAUUGCUGAUCCACAGCAUCAUCUGAGUUACGGUCAGGGGCAGCUAAUUGACUCAUCUCGAGUGAUUUCGAACGUGUGAAGAGAUUUUUGUGUUAUCAGCCGAGUAGAGUGUUUAUUUUUGGGGUGUUUUCUCGCAGAAGAUUGUGCCAAACAGUGGGCCUUGGGGGCAGAAUUUUUCUUUCCAUUUCGCUGUCGAGUGACGAAUAAAUUGCAGUUUGUAUUAAAGUAAGCGUUGCAGACGAUUUUGUUUUCUGUGCUAGAAACGGAUGACAUUUCGAUUUUGUUCUGUGCUGGGAAAGUGAACCGUAUAUUUUGUAAGGUACUUUUGCACGUUCGAGCGUGUAUGAACUUGUGAGCACAAUCAGCAGUUGUAUAGUUCGCAAAACAAUAUGGCAGACAGUUUAGUGGAAACGCCAGCUUCCAGCUCCAGUCAUUUAAUUGGCAUUGGAGGAAUGAAUCAGCUUCCUACUGAUUUGCAGUCAGGCUCAUCUUCCGGAUCCUCCUCGGUGCCAUCGUCGUCGACCUCUUCCGUGGUUGCAUCCUCGUCAUCGUCCUCAUCUGGUACGGUUGGUCAGGCCUCGGCAUUAUUGAUUUCUGUAGCUACCCAGCUAAGCCACGGUCUGGAUUUGAGCGAGCAAAUUAUGACCAACAACCAGGAGUUGAAUCUUAGCCUUGGUAACGUAAAUACCACUAAUCAGGCUGAGAAUAAAGACGGACUUAAAUCGGGACGUCCGGCCGAGUGCCCCGAUGAUGAUGAACCGGAAGCCAAACGAAAGAAAAUCGAUAAACCAGCAACCAAAAUGAUUGAAAAAUUGGAGGCCCGUCUUGGUGGCAUUCUCUGCUGCGCCGUCUGUCUGGACCUACCGAGAACGGCGAUGUAUCAGUGUACAAUGGGUCACCUGAUGUGCGCCGGAUGCUUUACCCAUCUGCUGGCCGACGGGCGGCUUCGCGAUCAGAACGCGACCUGCCCAAACUGUCGCACUGAGAUCAGCAAGAAUAACUCAUCGCGAAACCUGGCCGUCGAAAAGGCCGUUUCGGAGUUGCCCAGUGAGUGUCAGUACUGUGGCAAUGAGUUCCCGAACAAGUCGAUCGAGUAUCAUGAGUGCAAUGAGUGCGAGGAGCGCCCGACCGAUUGCAGCUUCGCUCGAAUCGGAUGUCAAUGGCGUGGGCCAACCCACGAAGUUCCGUCGCAUGAGGCCAAUUGCGUGCAUCCGAAGAAAUCUGGCGCCGAGGUUAUGGUAGCAUUGCAGGCUCACGAUGAACGUGCCGCCGAGGAGAAAAAACUUUUCCUUACCUUAAUCGAUCUGUUGAGUUACGAGAAGAUUAUCUUCAAUGAUCUUCAAAUGAAACCCUACCGUACGGAUGAGUACGUACACCGUUUGUAUUACGAGACUUCACGUUUUUCCGCUUUCAAUCAUCAGUGGGUGGUGAAGUCUAUCAUCAACAAGAGCCAACGUGACCCACAUCAGUCUUGCGAUCGGGAUAUCACGUACCAGUUGAUUCUGAAGUCUAAAACUACUAGCCCGCUUUCGAUGCACUUUUUCGUGCUGCGGGGCCCAUUUUCGGACAUCAAAGCCAAGACCCAAAUAUAUAAGCAUGAUUUCACUGAGACAGAAACGGAAAGUCCGUUCCACCUGAUGCCCCUGCCAGAUACGGCGGAGUGCAACCGGCUGCUGGCAGCAAAGGCGAUCAAUUUCAGGUUGAUCAUGUUUUUGGCUUCUAAGUAAUUGCCCGGAUCCAGAACACAUUCGUGAUUGAUUGGUAACAUGUUGCAUCAACAUUUUAUUUUAGAUUGAAAUCUUUUAGCGCCGCAUGAAGUGAGGUAACGAUGAUAAGCGUUUUUUGCCUUUAACUACGGGAGCUCGAUAGCUCGUAAUAAUCUCAUUAUGUUUUACAUUCAUCUACCUACAAAAGCCAAAUUUGUUUAGAUAGAGCUAGUGAUUUUAUUUGUUUGUUUUUCUUUCACUAGACAUAAUUCGAAGCACGGUUUAGCUGUGCUAUCCCACUUGAACUAAUCGCAUUUGGCAAUUUUUUAAAAUUAUUUUUCGAAUUCACGACCAAAAAUCGCACAAAAAUAAAUCUAUUUUAUGAAUAUUGAAUACGUUCGGUAUGUAAUAAAUCUACGUUUUUUAAAGAAUGUUAGCAACAAUAAAUUAAAUCUAAACAAAUACAACCAUUGCAAACAUUAAGUUACAAAUAUAUCAAAUGCAGUGCAUGACACCCCUCACCAGAAAAAAGAAAAACAAUAAACAAAACAGCGAAUAAAAUAGUUAUUAUAUAGUUAAUUAUUUUUUGUUUCCCCCUAACAUUGCCAAUCGUAGAUGUCACCAUUCGCUGUUUUAUUGUGCAACUUUCCACUACCAAUAUUCGAAACCGAAUGCCAUUCUGUAUAAAGAAAUAUUAGGAAAUCACGCGCCAUAUUCGAUACGCGAAUUCGAUUUGAAUCUACGUAGAAUGUCCGUUUCCAUUAGUUAAUGGUGGCUGUAGUUUUCAGACCGGGAAAACUGUAGUGUUGUAACUUGUCAAUAAUGUUUCCGUAUCAAUAAGUUCGCUAAUCAGAUUUUGUGAUACGAACGUUCGGGAAGAAGCUGUACUGUUUCUUUCGGUACGUUCGGACAAUAGAGAAAAAGUGCAGCAGCAGAUGUUAGCAGGAGGGAACCAUUUCUUCUAGAUACUAAGAACAAAACAAUUUAAUUAAAACAAAGAUAUAUAUUUAACUAUGUUUUAAGGCAAUAUGCCGAAAAGUGAUAUAAUAAUGCUAUCACGAGCUAUGUAUGUAUAAAAUAUAUAAUAGUGGGUAAAAUCACUCUUUCUUUACGAUAUACUCUAUAUAUAAGCAAACCCAUUGCAUAUAGCAAUUGAUAAAGCACCUGGCAAUAUUUCAUUUGUGCAAGCGAGUUAGAAAUUGUGAUUAUCUCAGUUAUAACUCAGUCAACACUUUUAGUAUAGUAAUGCUUCGCUAUCGGAGUAUUUUCAUCUUAUUAUAAUGAACUUAAGUGGUUUGAAGAGAUAUAAUUUUAAUAGAUGCUAAGAUAUAUUUAUAUUUCCCCAUAUAACAUAGCCUAAGGAUACGUCAUCGGUAAGAUGUUUUUUUUCUUUUACCUAUUUUAUUUACCCAGAAAUUGUUUUGUUUUAUUCUUGUAAUAAACUUACCAUUAUUCUCAA